CAGGUGGGGCCGUCGGCCGCUGGAACUCCCGCGCUAUAAGUUUGGAGCGAGAGGCUGCAGAGCCAGGCGCGGCGCAGGAUGGUGGACAGCGUGUAUCGGACCCGCUCCCUGGGGGUGGCAGCCGAAGGGCUCCCGGACCAGUACGCGGAUGGGGAGGCGGCGCGCGUGUGGCAGAUGUACAUCGGAGACACCCGCAGUCGCACCGCCGAGUACAAGGCAUGGCUGCUCGGGCUGCUGCGCCAGCACGGCUGCCAGCGGGUGCUCGACGUGGCCUGUGGCACCGGGGUGGACUCCAUUAUGCUAGUGGAAGAGGGCUUCAGCGUGACGAGUGUGGAUGCCAGUGACAAGAUGCUGAAGUAUGCGCUUAAGGAGCGCUGGAACCGGCGGCAUGAGUCUGCCUUCGACAAGUGGGUCAUCGAAGAAGCCAACUGGAUGACUCUGGACAAAGAUGUGCCCCAGCCAGCAGGGGGUGGCUUUGAUGCUGUCAUUUGUCUUGGAAACAGUUUCGCUCACUUGCCAGACUGCAAAGGGGACCAGAGUGAGCACCGGCUGGCGCUGAAAAACAUUGCGAGCAUGGUGCGGGCAGGGGGCCUGCUGGUCAUUGAUCAUCGCAACUACGACCACAUCCUCAGCACAGGCUGUGCACCCCCAGGGAAGAACAUCUACUAUAAGAGUGACUUGACCAAGGACAUCACAACAUCAGUGCUGACAGUGAACAACAAGGCCCACAUGGUGACCCUGGACUACACAGUGCAGGUGCCGGGGGCUGGCCAGGAUGGCUCUCCUGGCUUGAGUAAGUUCCGGCUCUCCUACUACCCGCAUUGUCUGGCAUCCUUCACGGAGUUGGUCCAAGCAGCCUUCGGGGGCAAGUGCCAGCACAGCGUCCUGGGCGACUUCAAGCCUUACAAGCCAGGCCAAGCCUACGUUCCCUGCUACUUCAUCCACGUGCUCAAGAGGACAGACUGAGUGUGGCCUCAGCUCCCACCAUCCUCCACCCAGGCACUGCUAGGCUCUGUCUGGAAGAUAGGGACCAGCAGCCACACACCAGGCCCAGCCUCUAGAGCAGACUACAGAUGGGGUGCAGGGAUGUGGGUUCCGCAGAUGGAAGGGUAAACAAUAUAGUCUGUGCCUUUUUCAGUUCCGGCA